AUGUUUCUGUACUUAUCAGAUUAUGUGAUUAGGAAAGUAGGAGAAACCAAGACUGUUGUAGAACUUUGGACUGCUUUAGAAAAACAGUACCUCAAUAAGUCUCUACCAAAUAAAUGUUUUCUCUGGAUACUCUUCUUUAGUUUUAAGUUUGAUCCUAGUCUUAAUACUGAAGAAAAUAUGGAUAGAUUUAAUAGGAUCACACAAGACUUAACAAAUUGUGGGGAGAAGAUCUCUGAUGACCAGAAGGUAGUUGGUCUACUUAAUGCUCUAGGAGAUAAAUAUAAAGAUAUAAGAAAUGCUCUAGAGUAUGGUAAGAGUGAUCUUACUAUUGAAAUAAUUCAUAAUUCUCUUCUAACCGAAGAACUGGGAUUGAAAUCUGAAUACAAAGAGGCGUUCCAUGUUGAGGACUUAGGCCGUUCCUUCCAUAUGACACCCAAUGUUGACAAUCUAUCUGACUAUUCUGACCUUGAUGAAGGAUCAGUUAAACUUGGGAAUGAUGAGGUGUAUCAUGUUAAAGGAAUUGACAAUGUGUUCUUGAAAUUCAAAAAUGACUACUCAUACCUCAGAACCUUUGGCUGUGCAGCAUAUGCACAUCAUACAGAUUCAAAAUUGGACCUUAGAUCAUUGAAGGGUGUGUGCUUAGGUUAUGGAGAAGGAAUUAAAGGUUAUAAACUAUGGUUAAGGGAUGUGAGAGGUUGUAAAAUGAUUACAAGUAGAUCUGUGAUCUUUAAUGAAGAGAGGCUAGUAAUGAUUCAGUUUGAGGUGGAGCCACAUGAGGUGGAACCACAGAAUGCCUCUGAUGUUGAAAUUAUAGAAGAUUACCAGCAUCUGGAGCCUGCAAAUGAUUUGCAGGACUACCAGCUUGCUAAGGACAGAGAAAUGAGAGAAAUAAGGCCUCCUUCCAGGUAUCAGUAUGCUGAUUUUGUGACUGAACAAUCUGAACCUAAUCUGUUUGAUACAGAACCAGUUUUUUAUGAUGAAGCUGUCUCUUGCAAAGAAUCGCCUAAGUGUAUUGAUGCAAUUGAAGAUGAAAUGAACUCCCUUUAUAAAAAUCAGACUUGGAUUUUAGUUGAAAAACCCAUAGAAUGCAAAGUGAUUGAUUGUAAAUGGGUAUAUAAGAUCAAAGAGGGUGACGAUAAGACAAAUAGAAGGUAUAAGGCCAGACUUGUAGUAAAGGGGUUUACACAAAGGGAAGAGAUUGACUACACUGAGGUAGUUAAACGAUUUUCUCUUCAUGUUGCUAAGCCUGUUAGCCUGCCUUUGUCUAGUAGUAUGAAACUAUCUAUUGAUCAAUCACCUAAAUCUGAAAAUGAACAUAAAAGAAUGAUGAAUGUGCCAUAUUCUAAUGCUGUUGGAUUUGUGAUGUAUGUGAUGGUAUGCUCUAGACCUGAUAUUGCUUAUGCUAUGAGUGUGCUAAGCAGAUUUAUAAGUAAUCCAGGUGAAUUACAUUGGCAAUGCAUGGAAAUUUUGAUUAAAUAUCUGAAAGGAACAAGUCAAUUAGGUUUAAUGUUCAAAACUGAUAAAAAUGGACUUAAACUAAAAGGUUAUGUAGAUUCUGAUUAUGCUGGGAAUCCAGACAAUAUGAAAUCUACAACUGCAUAUUUUUAUGUCAUGAAUGAUACAUGCAUUAGCUGA